AUGGCUGAAACGAUAAAUACAGAGAAUGAAGGCGACGACCUGCAGUCACAAAUGGAGGAGGUGGAGGCUCUGUCGUCCAUCUACGGUGACGAAUGGUGUGUCAUCGACGAGGCGUCCAGAAUAUUUUGCAUCAAGAUAUCAAACGACGUGGAGGACACUAAACUGACAGCGUGUUUGCAGAUAAUUCUCCCGCCUGAUUAUCCCAGCGCGGCCCCGCCAAUCUACCAGAUCAAUGCGGCGUGGCUGCGGGGCUCUGAGAGGGUUCGAUUGGCCAACAGCUUGGAAGACCUCUACGUGGAGCACGCGGGGGAGAGCAUCCUCUACAUGUGGGUGGAAAAGAUCAGGGAGUUCUUGCUCGAGAAAGCUCAAGAUUCAGAAGCAGUUGCACAGUCAAAGAAGGUGACCCUCACUGCGGAGGAGGAUGUGGAUGACGAAGAUAUGCCAGACUUCGGAGGUCUCACGCUGAGCGCGGAGGAUGUACAACAUUUCCUGCAACAUGCAAAUGACGAAGAGGUGCCCCCGAUCAAACACGGAAGCUGCAUCACAGACCGCCGCAGCACCUUCCAGCCUCACCUUGCCCCUGUGGUGACCCCCAGUCAGGUCAAAGCCGUGCUAGAGCGCCUGUACGACAACAAAAAGAUUGCCAGCGCCACUCACAACAUCUACGCAUACAGGAUCUACUGCGAGGACAAGCACAGCUUCCUGCAGGACUGCGAGGACGACGGUGAGACGGCGGCAGGUGGCAGGUUGCUCCAUUUGCUGCAGAUUCUGGACGUGCGUAAUGUGCUAGUGGUGGUGUCCAGGUGGUACGGAGGGAUUCUGCUGGGUCCUGACCGCUUCAAGCACAUUAACAACUGCGCUCGAAGCAUCCUGGUGGAAGAAGGAUACACCGCCUCAUCGCUGAUGAAUGAAGGCGUGACUCACCUUUCAGAUUUGACUGGCAAGUCACCCACUCUGCUGACCGUUGACUCCUCCAGGAUGUUGGUCCAGGUAGUGGAGAGCAUAAAAGCCCCCUCUUCCCUGUUGAUAGUCCUCGAACCCCGCUUGCGGAUUUCAAUGGCCUCGCUGAUCCAGCGCUGA